GGCUCAGCAAUGGCGAGACCGUGAGUGCCGCUGACGGGACCCCGGAGAAAGGGCUGGGAAGGGGCUCGGGCGAAAUCGGGCAGUGGGAGACUCGGCAAGCCAGGGCCGCCUGAACCGGAGCGGCGGCUGGGGGCUCGAGGCCCCUACGGGCCGGACUGCCGCCCGCGACCAAGCUCCCGCCUCUUCCCCAGAUGCCGCGUCACUGCUCCGCCGCCGGCUGCUGCACUCGGGAUACGCGCGAGACGCGCAAUCGCGGCAUCUCCUUCCACAGACUUCCCAAAAAGGACAACCCAAGGCGAGGCUUGUGGCUGGCCAAUUGCCAGAGGCUGGACCCCAGCGGCCAGGGCCUAUGGGACCCAGCAUCCGAGUACAUCUACUUCUGCUCCAAACACUUCGAGGAGAACUGCUUUGAGCUGGUGGGAAUCAGCUGCUCUGAGGGCCGAGGACCCACAACUCCUUUUUCUCCACCUCCACCUGCCGAGGUCACCUGCUUUCCUGUGGAAGAGGCCUCGGCACCUGCUGCUUUGCCUGCCUCCCCUACUGGGAGGCUGGAGCCUGGCCUCAGCAGUCCCUUCUCAGACCUCCUGGGGCCUCUGGGUGCCCAAGCAGAUGAAGCAGGCUGCAGCGCCCAGCCCUCACCGGAGCGGGAGCCAGAGCGGCAGGCGUCCCCUCUCGAGCCGCGGCCUGUCUCACCCUCAGCCUACAUGCUGCGCCUCCCACCACCCGCUGGAGCCUACAUCCAGAAUGAGCACAGCUACCAGGUGGGCAGUGCCCUGCUCUGGAAGCGGAGGGCUGAGGCUGCACUCGAUGCCCUGGACAAGGCCCAGCGCCAGCUGCAGGCCUGCAAGCGACGGGAACAGCGACUGCGGCUGCGGCUAACCAAACUACAGCAGGAGAGGGCGCGGGAGAAGCGGGCACAGGCAGAUGCCCGCCAGACUCUGAAGGAACAUGUGCAGGACUUUGCCAUGCAGCUGAGCAGCAGCAUGACCUGAGUGAGGGGCCACUGGACCCACGGCUGACGCGGGGCUGCCUGUCAAGGCUCCAGCCUCUUCCUCAGAAUCCACCUGGAAAGGGACCUGCUUUGAGCUGCAUCCACCAGACCUACCAGAUGCCACAAUAAAGUGGGUUCUAGGAGGCCCUAUAUCUGGUUCAGCUGAG